AUGGCAGCUGAUCACUGCUCUGUACCUCAUUGUACAUCUGAUGCGAGAUACAACAAUUCACUUUCGUUUCACACAUUUCCGAAGGCUGAAGAUGUGCGAAGGAGAUGGAUAAUUGCCAUUCGUCGGGACGAAGGACCCUUCUUUACGAUCACCAGGAAGAGUGUUGUUUGCUCGAAGCAUUUCCGGCCUGAGGACUACAAGUACACACCGGUAGGGAAGAACCUCAAGCAAGGAUCUGUGCCAUCCAUAUUUCCUUGGAACUUGGAAAAUAUGAAGUCCAGAAAAGCACCAGCCAUCCGUCAUCCACUGAUGCCAAAACAAGUAAUUUCAUGGGAAAGUCCUGAAAAUGCAAACUCCAUGUCAGAUUGUGACCCUCAUGCAGAAGGUGAGCACCAGUUGUCAGCUCAGACUCAGACAGAUAUCAGUCUGUUUGAUUCACAGGAGCUUCUAAAAAGAAUUCAAGAGCUUGAGGAGGAGAAAGAUUUGUUGAAAGAACAGCUCAGCCUUGAGAGAUUUGGACUGGAAAGAUUUGCUGGAAAUGAUGAUAUGAUCCAGUACUACACGUUUUCGUAG